CCCAACCGGGGCGGGGCCACGCCCCUUUCUCCGCGGCCCCUGCGCGCCCGCCGCCGCUGCCGCUCGCUUCCUGCCGCGUCCCCGUCGGAGCCACCCCCCUCCCCUUCCCCAUCCCCUGCGAGCAGCGGCCGGGCCCAGCGGGGAGAUGAACACGGUGCUGUCCCGGGCCAACUCCCUCUUCGCCUUCUGUUUGAGCGUGAUGGCGGCCCUCACCUUCGGCUGCUUCAUCACCACUGCCUUCAAGGAGCGGAGCGUGCCCGUCAGCAUCGCCGUCUCCCGCGUCACGCUAAAAAAUGUAGAAGACUUCACUGGACCUAGAGAAAGAAGUGAUCUGGGAUUCGUCACGUUUGACAUUACUGCAGAUCUGCAGAGUAUAUUUGACUGGAAUGUUAAACAAUUGUUUCUAUAUUUGUCUGCAGAAUAUUCAACGAAAAACAAUGCUCUAAACCAGGUGGUGCUUUGGGACAAGAUCCUGUUGAGAGGAGAUAACCCCAGGCUGUUCUUAAAAGACAUGAAAUCAAAGUACUUCUUCUUUGAUGAUGGAAAUGGUCUGAAGGGAAACAGGAAUGUCACUUUGACUCUCUCCUGGAAUGUUGUACCAAAUGCUGGCAUUCUACCUCUUGUAACAGGAUCAGGACAUGUGUCUGUACCUUUCCCAGAUACCUAUGAAACAACAAAAAGUUAUUAAAUUAUACCGAACCCUAAGCAAGAUAUUUUUAUACUUGUAUAUUGUGAAUAAAUUUUAUUGCGGUUUCUUCUCGCAUCCCAUGCAACCCUUCAGAGAAAGGUACUUAAUUUCCUCAGGUCUAACGGCAUAGGAAAAGGAAAUGAAAGUUCAGGGUUGUUUUUUUAAAUAUAACAUUGAAGCUGAAACUUAAGGGGAAAGGUAAAUUGCAGAGUAGUGGUUUAGGGGGGGGGGGUGGAACUGAGGAAUUUUUUUUUCUUUCUCCCAGCCAUCUGGGUAUAGAUCUCCGUUUCUUUUAAAUAAACAUUUUUAAACCAGAAGAUAGUCUUACUGUGUUUUUUUUUCAGGUACUGU